GUAUAUAUACGCCACACAGCCACAAUCCCCAGCCCAGGAGGGUUCUGGUCCAGCGCUGAAGAAGCGGAAAACCCCAGGCGCCCAACGACCUUCCUUCCGUCGAAACCAUCCGACUCCUCCCUCGUCUUCCUGCUCGCCGAGGCUCAGCUCAGGAUAAACCAUGGGUGGCGUUUUAGGUUUAGUGCAGGUUGAUCAGUCAACUGUAGCUAUCAAAGAAACUUUUGGGAAGUUUAAUGAGGUCCUGGAGCCUGGUUGCCACUUCUUGCCUUGGUGCAUAGGGCAACGGAUUGUUGGUUACCUCUCACUGCGCGUGAAACAGCUAGACGUCCGAUGUGAAACCAAAACAAAGGAUAAUGUCUUUGUGACUGUUGUUGCUUCUGUCCAAUACCGUGCCCUUGUUGAUAAGGCAUCUGAUGCCUUCUACAAACUGAGCAACACAAAGCAACAAAUCCAGUCGUACGUCUUUGAUGUUAUUAGAGCCACUGUCCCAAAGCUGGAGCUGGACGAUGCAUUUGUGCAAAAAGAUGACAUUGCAAAAGCUGUUGAAGAGGAGCUUGAAAAGGCGAUGUCUAUGUAUGGGUAUGAGAUUGUGCAAACUCUGAUAGUUGACAUUGAGCCUGAUGUGCAUGUCAAGAGGGCAAUGAAUGAGAUCAAUGCAGCUUCAAGGAUGAGGUCUGCAGCCAAUGACAAAGCGGAGGCUGAAAAGAUUCUUCAGAUUAAAAGAGCAGAAGGAGAAGCCGAGUCAAAGUACUUGGCUGGUGUGGGCAUUGCAAGGCAGCGUCAGGCUAUCGUGGAUGGUCUGAGAGACAGCGUCCUCGCCUUCUCUGAGAACGUCCCUGGCACCACUGCAAAGGACAUCAUGGACAUGGUUCUGGUCACCCAGUACUUCGACACCAUGAAAGAGAUUGGGGCCUCAUCCAAGUCUUCUUCGGUGUUCAUCCCCCAUGGUCCUGGAGCCGUCAAGGAUGUCGCAUCGCAGAUCAGAGAUGGGCUCCUCCAGGCCAACACUCUCUAAGAGGAGGACCAUGGAAAAGGAUAGCUUCUGUUUUGCAAGAGUUGUGAAGUUCUUCAUCAUUCACCAUUACGCUAAGAACAUAUUUUAUGCGACAGAUAUUUGGCAAGGUCGUGAGUAAUUUAUCUACGUGUGUGAACUAGUACGUUAAGUUGUGAAUUUUACAUGGUGUGAACUACUACUACCUAGAUAAUCAGACUUGCAUGGAGUGGGUUUCUGUAAGAAAAGUUUAGCCAGAUUCCUGAAUGGUACUUGUUGCUGCUUGCAAGUGAGCCUGGAUGUUUACCAGGCUUAUCUUAAUUAUUAUUUGGUGACACUCCA